AUGUACUCAGGCUCCAUGUCGCUUUUGACCUACCCUGAGAUAUGCAGCACUACAUCCUAUAGAACUCACUAUUACAUCCCAGUAAUUCCUUCCAAUGCUUUUUGCUCCAAUGAUGUAAGUUCUACCAUUGGAUAUUGCUUACCCAGUAGCUACCAAGGAAAUCUCUGGCUCCUGGACUCUUGUCAAGAAACCUACUGUGAUGUGCAGAGCUGUGCCUCUACUAGCUGUGAGCUCAAGACAUGUGCUACCAACUGUGAUCCCCAGAACUCCUGUGUGUCCUCUAACUCCCCAUCAUCCGGACAAGCCUUUACUGCCUGCAAAACCACCAACCUCGGAUCCAGUCCCAGCUGCUCCUCCUCUCAAAACAAGGGGUAUGUAUCUAACUGCUACACCACCACUCCAUGUGCAUCUAAACCCUGCCAGACCCUUCGCGAUGGCUCCAAGUACUUUGGGCAACUUGGCUACUUAUCCAAGAGUCCCCGACCACUACGCUACCACAGACUUGGUGGUUUGGCAUAUAGAAGCUAUCCAACUCUUGGCUUUAUUAACAGUGGCUUUUCACCAUCACGUUACACCAUCAGCAGAUAUCAGCCCCAAAAUUACUUAAUGAGAAAUCACCGAUAUCUGAAUUAUGGACCUAUGAGCUACCGACCUCUGAGCUACUCACCGAGGAACUUCCGGUCCCUGAGCUGCCUACCCAAUAGCUUUCCGCCUCUGAGAUAUUUAUGCAGGGGUUGCAGACCUCUGAAUUGCUAUUGAUCAACUAACAACAUCUACCAGCUAGCAUCUCUAAUGUUCUGCUGAAGUGUCUUAUGUAUUUAAAAAAUUUUGUUACAAUUACCUUAGGGCUUACUAAUCACAACUCUAUAUUACCUGCUGGAUACUGGGUCUGCUGUUUUGUUAAUUUCUUUUUGUGUUAAAACCUGAUCUUGAAAGUGGUAUUAUUUUUAAGACUGAUCUUGAUGGAGUCACAAAAGAGAAUUUACAUGCAAUAUAAUCAUCACCUGCUUGCUUAUUUUGUCAUCUGACUUGCUUCCCAAUAAGACUGUCAGCUGCUGUUCCUUGAUAAAAUAGGGUUUCUUUGGACUGAUGACUGUUUCCAACACGAAAAUGCUUUCAGAUGGUUUUUAUUUUAUAUUAAUAGCUUUGUCAACUGUCUAACUAGCACUCUUACUAGUAAACUGAUAACAUCACCUUAAAUUUAUUGAAUAGACUUUUCAUCAUUUCCUUGAUUAAUUUUAAAGGCAAGCCAAUAACAAUGACUGAGUAAAGCUAAAAAAGCAGAAGACUUCAGCUAUGAGGAAUGGCACGUGCUUGUAAUCCCAGCAUCCUGGAAUACUAAGGCAGAAGGAUGGAUCACAAGUUUGAGCCCAGUCUGUGAAAAUGAGCAGCUGUGCGAGACCCAUUAUCAAAUGAAAAAUAAAAAGGGAUGUGGGUGUAGCUCAGUGUGAAUGCUCUGGGUUUAAUCCUCAGUACUGAAGGAAAAGAAAAAGACUUCAGCAAAUCUAACAAAUCAUCUCUUCCAAAGAAGGCCUAAAGGAUAGCGUGAACUGUCACUAGAGUUUUGCCAUCAGACCUAAGAGAAAGGCUCAAAAGUAAUCAAAGGACAAGAGCUACUUAUUCAAACAAGGACAAUAUGCUAUGUAGUUUUAUUCUACAUUCAUAAUUCUGUCCUGAUGCAUUAUGGUGUCUGAUUCUAGAAAAGAUCCUAAUUCAUGAUUAGUUAAUACAUUUUUAUCUGAAAGAGAUGGAUUUCCUUUUGUUUCACUUUACAUUCUCUUAAGUUUUUGUCUCUAUCUGGGAAAUACGCACAUCAUUGUCAAAAUGCUAGUUUCUUUCCGCUUAUUUUAUAUUCUAAAUUAAAAAUAUGAGGAAGUACAAUUCAAAGUUUGGAUUUCUUGAUUUGUUUUGUUGUU